AGAUCCGAUCACUGAAUUUAUCGAGAGUUUAUAUGUUAAAUUCGAUUUUGAAGGAGCUCAACAUAAAUUAAAAGAAUGCGAGGAAGUACUAUCUAACGAUUUUUUCCUUGUCGCUACAAAGAUGGAAUUCAUUGAAAAUGCGCGAUAUUUGAUUUCUGAAACCUAUUGUCGAAUACAUUUGAAAAUUGAUAUAGGUGGGUUGUCGCAAACACUUAAUUUAGGCCAAGAAGAGGGUGAAAAAUGGAUUGUGAAUUUAAUUCGGGAUACGCGCGUAGAUGCAAAAAUUGAUUUUAAGGAGAAUACUGUCAUCAUGAAUCAAAAUCAUACAUCCAUCUAUCAACAAGUUAUAGAACGCACAAAAGGCUUAUCAUUUCGAUCCCAAGUUUUGGCUUCUGCUAUAGAAAAAAGUGAAGCUCUUCAAUCUUCUUCUAAUGCUAUAGAUUCUAUUGUUGAAUAA